CAGUGCCCGAUUUGUGGGAAAACUUUUCCCGUGAGUCUUCUGAAUUCGCAUGCAAAUGCGUGUUUGGGUGACAGUGACGAGACGCCGCCAUCCACUGAUUCGUUGGAUAUAGCUGUCAUGUCUGUUAGUCAGGCAGUCAGUCUGUCAAACAAGCGGAAAUCUGAUGACAAAUUGGCGUGGGGUAAAAUCUUUUCCCAAGCUAAACGAAGUAAACUGGAUGCCACGAUCUCUCGACCACAGACAUUUUGCAGUUCUUCAGGUUGUGAGUCGACAUCAGAGACAGUCAUAGGAAAAUCAUCACCCGCAGAAAAACUUUCAUAUCCCAUUUCACCUGAAAACAUGGCGUUUGUAAAGAAAACUGAUCGCAAUAAUGACACAGAUAGUGGAAGUUCCGGAAUCAGAAGCGUCAAAAUGCAGUUCGCUCCCCUUCCUGAGAGAAUGCGACCUGUAACACUUGAGGAAUAUGUGGGCCAAGAACAGGCUGUUGGAAAGCGGAGCUUACUUCGGUCUAUACUUAAAACAGCAUCUAUACCUUCAUUGAUGUUCUGGGGUCCCCCUGGCUGUGGAAAGACGACUCUAGCAAAGAUUAUUGCCAAUCACUGCAAGCAGCAUUCCAAUACCAAAUUUGUACAGCUGUCAGCAGCGUCAGUCGGCGUGGCUGAUGUCAGGAACACCAUCAAAACUGCUAAAACUGAUCAGACAAUGUUCAAGCGAAAAACAAUUUUGUUUUUGGAUGAAAUCCACAGGUUUAAUAAAUUGCAACAGGAUGCGCUGUUGCCCCAUGUGGAAGAUGGCACAAUAACACUGAUUGGGGCCACCACAGAAAACCCUUCCUUUUAUGUCAACUCUGCUCUGCUAAGUCGAAGUCGAGUGAUUGUGUUGGAAAAGUUGUCCAGUGAAAGUUUGGAGCGUAUCCUGCUUCGUGCAGUAGAGAGACUGGAUGUAAUGAUCAAGGAUACGGGGACAGCUGAUCAGGAGAGUAACAGCUCUUCAUUGUGGAUUGAGAAGGAAGCUAUCACUGCUCUGGCUAAGCUCUGUGACGGAGAUGCAAGAGCAGCUUUGAACAGUCUAGAUUUGGCAGUUCAGUCAUGUAUAGGGGGCACUUCGCAGGUGAAAGGUCAGAGUACUGCCAAGGUGUCUGGAGGGUCGGGAAGAGAGGUGAUCACUGUGGAGCAGAUUAAAGAAAGUUUACAGAGAUCACAUAUACUGUAUGACAAGACUGGUGAGGAGCACUACAAUUGCAUGUCAGCCUUGCAAAAGUCCAUCAGAGGGUCGGAUGCUAACGCCGCCCUCUACUGGACAGCAAGGAUGCUAGAAGGGGGAGAGAACCCACUGGUUGUGGCUAGAAGGCUUGUGAGAACUGCCAGUGAGGAUGUGGGGUUAGCCGACUCUCAGGCUUUACCCCUGGCUGUGUCAGCAUUUCAAGCCUGUCAUUUCAUCGGAAUGCCAGAAUGUGAUGUAAUAUUAGCCCAAUGUGCUGCUUACCUAGCCAGAGCCCCUAAGUCUGUAGAAGUUUACCUGGCCUAUGACAGGGCUAAGAACUGCGUGCGUAACCACCAGGGCCCCAUGCCUGGGGUACCUCUACACCUGAGGAAUGCCUCAACAAAACUCAUGAAGGACCUGGGGUAUGGUAAAGGGUACAAAGGAAAACCUGACCAGGAUGGUUCAUAUGAACAGGAAUAUUUCCCUGAAGGCUUGGAAGGCACAGACUUCUUCAGCUGCCACUGAUGUGCCUACUGCCCUGGAGGCUUGGAUGACACACACGUCUUCAGCUGCCACUGAUGUGCCUACUGCCCUGGAGGCUUGGAUGACACACACGUCUUUAGCUGCCACUGAUGUGCCUACUGCCCUGGAGGCUUGGAUGACACACACGUCUUCAGCUGCCACUGAUGUGCCUACUGCCCUGGAGGCUUGGAUGACACACACGUCUUCAGCUGCCACUGAUGUGCCUACUGCCCUGGAGGCUUGGAUGACACACACGUCUUCAGCUGCCACUGAUGUGCCUACUGCCCUGGAGGCUUGGAUGACACACACGUCUUCAGCUGCCUCAGAUGGUUCAUCGAGCCAUGGAAGGCACAGACGAAAAUGACGUCAUAUAAGACAGUAAGACAUUACAGUAGACACUGAUACAUUGUAAUAUUGAGCUUAUUAAUUAUUAAAUAAUAAUUGCUCAAUAAUUAAAUAAUUCAUUAUUAAGCUAUUAAUUCCCGAGGCUUAGUUACAAGCGAAAUCUUCUAUUGAAGUAUAUGCCGUCUUCCCAUUCCACUAAACCACUGGCAAGUUGAUUUGCUUGAAAAUCUUAAGACUGGUGUGGUACUUCUACCUUUGGUUGUCUAACUAGGACAUGGUAUCAUAGGCAUAUCCUGUCAACUGCGUAAGUCUAACCCAGAGCAUCAAAAGAAAUGAAUGAAGAUAAUAACUGUUUUAGGUUCAUGAAAAUAAAGAGGGUACAAGUGAUACUUGUUGAUACCUUAUUUGUACAUUGGUAUUAAAAAAAUACUGAACCCAGUUUGCAUUUAAUCUCAUUUAUCCAUUUAUUUCUGUAUACCCUAUUUCUUCUAAUAUUUAGGACGGAUAUUACUAGUGUUGAAAGCAGAAUAGUAUAUUUCUGUAC